AUGUCUCAGGUCUCUAGCUCACUAAUGCCUCGAAGAUCAUCCUUCUCCUCCCGCCCCCAUCUCUCCACGAUCCUAAGCCUCUACCCGGAGGAAGAGCCCCGGUGCGCUGGCAUCGCCCGCACACAAGGGCGUCGCUGCCGACUGCGCACAAACGCCUGCGGCCGAAAGGCUGCCGUCUCCCUCCUGGAUAGAGGAACUGAAGCCCUCCACGCUGGAAGAGACAUCACCCGUACCUUGAGAACUCUUGCUCCACACGUCCUCUGCACGCGCUGGCACCAGGGGCAGGCCUCUGAGCUUUUUGAGAAGUGGCAAAGGCAGAUUGCGGAAUUUCUAGAGUCUGUCCCUGAGUCGUCGUUGACGGACACGCAGCGGCCGCUAGUAGUGCGGCGGCGAGAGAGACCAGCGGUGGGCGGGAAUGAUGAUAAUCGGAUGCGUGAACAGCCGGAAAUGUGGACACCUGACGAUGCUUUUGAGAGAAUGCUGGAGACUCGCUUGGACGCGUUAAGCCGAGUGAUAGAGGAGACAGAGGCCAGGCUUUUGAGCGAGCUUCCCGCUACUAAUACUCGCCGCCGGCGUGAUAGGAAUGCGGCUGCUGCCACCAGUCCCGGAAUGAAUACUGCGGACGGCGCUGCACCCCGUCGGAGACGAUCGCAGGGAGUUAUGCACCCAUUUACAGAGAUUGUACGGCCAGACGUCCGUAUUGGAGCAGGUCGCCACGAUUUGUUGUCGCUCCGUGUCCUGGUUAGUGUGGAGAUUGAGCCUGUAACGGCUGAGAAUGGGAACGAGGGUGAGGAUGUGAACGAGAACGACGAGGACGAGAAUAGGGACGACAGCGAAGACGAUAGUAGCGACUACGAUAUUGAGAACGAAGACAUGGACGAUCCUGCAGCUCUUGAUCAGGCAGCUACUAGCAGGGGUACACAACGCACGGCGCCAACCCACGGGGUCCGGCGUCAACUAAUCGAGGGAGAAUGCGGCAUCUGUCUCGAGCCAUUACGAGGCCCGGGCAUGAGCGAGUCGCGAUCCGGCCGACCAGACGACGAACUAGAUCGGGGGCUUUCUUGGUGCAGAGCACAAUGCGGCGUGAACUAUCAUACGAGUUGCAUUGAUGAAUGGGUAGCGGUAGCAACAACAUGUCCGCAUUGUCGGGCCACGUGGGGGACUUAG